UGUAAGCACGGGUAAAAAACGGGACAGCGUCAAAAAGCAAAACUACUUGUUGCGUUACUGUUUUUUUUUGUGUUUUGCUUUUUAACCAAAGUGCAAUAAUAACGUGUAAAAUAAAAUCAGGCUAAAACACCAACUUGCUGCUAAACAUACAAACAUAUAUUUAUAUAAGUCUGUAUGAACGAACAUUGAAACGUCGAACGUGUGAGUGCAAUAUUAAUUGGAAAUCUAUUGUUUAUCAAAUAAAUAUGGCGAAAAACGACUAACGGUAACGGUAACAGUAGAAACACGCACUUCUUGUGUGCUAUUGUCGUAGUUGUGUUUUGUGUGCACCGGAAGUUGAAAUUGCCCCAGCCUUUGUGCGGUAAUACAAAAAAAUUAAUAAAUAACUUAAAUUAUUGGCAACACGCCAAGUUCUAAAAAAACAAACAAACAAAAUGGACGCAAAAGUAAACGCCGUUAGGGUUGCAUCUUCAGCCGCAGAAACAGCCGCAUCAGCAGCAGCAGCCGUAGAAGAUAACAGUGAAAUGCACAUCAACAGCAUCACCAUCAACAGCAGUAACAACAACAGUACCGAUAACAGUAACAACAAUAGCAGUAUGGAAAACGAAGAGGACGAACCACAGGCUCUCUCCUUUUGCUUUGUUCGGGGCUCCGAUCCCAGGGCAGCCACUUGCCGCGGAAAACUGCAAAGUCGACGUUGCAAACUAAAUCAGGAAAUAAACAAAGAGCUGCGCCUGCGCGCUGGAGCUGAGAAUCUAUACAAGGCAACCACAAAUCGAAAAUUGCGCGACACUGUCGCUCUGGAGCUGAGCUUUGUAAACUCAAAUCUGCAGCUGCUGAAGGAGCAAUUGGCCGAACUGAAUUCUUCAGUGGAGAUAUAUCAGAGCGAGAGUCACGAUGGAGUUAUGCCAAUGAUACCAUUGGGUCUAAAAGAGACAAAGGAAAUCAAUUUCAUGGAACCGUUUUCAGACUUCAUUCUGGAACAUUACAGUGAGGAGCCUUCGAUAUAUAUGGAUGCUAUUGCCGAUAUGACAGACACAAGACAGGCCUCGAAAACACCCUCGCGCGAUGCGCAGGGCGUUGCACUGCUCUUCCGCUAUUACAAUCUAUUGUACUACGUGGAACGACGUUUCUUUCCGCCCGAUCGCAAUCUGGGCGUCUACUUCGAGUGGUAUGAUUCGUUGACGGGAGUACCUUCGUGUCAGCGGACCAUCGCCUUCGAAAAGGCCUGCACGCUCUUUAAUCUGGGCGCCAUAUAUACACAGAUCGGUGCUAGACACGAUCGCAGCACGGAGCGGGGUCUGGACGCGGCCGUCGACAGUUUUCUACGGGCUGCGGGAAUCUUUCGUCACAUCUAUGAUACGUUCACCAAUGCCCCAUCAAUGGAUCUGAAGCCGCAGGUGCUCGAUGUUUUGGUCUCCCUGAUGCUGUCCCAAGCCCGGGAAUGUCUAUUCGAGAAGCUGCAAUUACAGAUCGAGGCCUUGGGGCUGACGGAGUCGAGUCAUCUCUUCAGAGAUUUGGCCGGCGAGGCUGCUCAGCUGUCGCACGAAUACAAUGAGAUGCACAAAAAUAUUCAAGCGAACGACACACACACCUAUCUGCCGGAAUGCUGGGCUGGGCUGGUGCCGCUUAAAGCCGAGUUCUACAAAGCUCUGGCUCAUCACUAUGAGGCGCGCAGCAUCGAUGCCAAUGCGGGCGACAACAUCUCGCUGAGCACCAAGAAGAGUCAGGCCACGUCAUCGAACGAGUCUUUCAUUGGCAAUGCGCGGGAGGCUCUGCGCGCCUCUGCGGCCAACAGCGAGUGCGAGGAGGAGAGCGUCAGCAUCGUUGUCGUGAAGCGAACCCAUUUGAAAGAGGCAUUGGCUAGUCACGAAGAGGCGCAGCGACUGCAGCGCAUGUGCCGUUACCUGAAGAACAAAACAUCGCUCACCCAAGUCAUUAAGGAGGCACAUCUCAAAACCCAAGAGGAGCACGAAAAGUUUUGUAUGGAAGCGCCGGCAAAGGAUAUUGAGGAAUGUUACGAUCUGGUGGAACGCACAGUCGAAGCCUGUUCCAAGUUCACGCUCUCGUUGACUGGACCCGAUUUCACGUCUUACAAAGUGGAGGAUCCCUUUAAGCGUCUAGGCCCCAUUGCUAUAUUCUCGGCACGUCGCCACUGGACCGCACCGCGCUGCGUGCGGCUUCAGAAGGGAUCAGCGAUGUAUCACGAUGGCACCAGCUAUCAUUGCCACUGCCCCACAGCCGAUGAGGGUCACGAGGCCGGCUGCAGUCUCUACAAGGAGGAGUUGGAAAAUUUCGGUUUUCAUGUACGCGGCGAUGCGCCUGUGAUUAUAGCCCAUGUCGAAAUAAAUUCAUUGGCCGAUCUGGGCGGCAUUAAAGAGGGCGACUUUAUUGUCGAAAUUGCGGGCAUGGAUGUCAAAUGGUAUUCACAUCAACAGGUGGUGCGACUCAUUCAAUCUUGCGGCACUGCCCUUGAGCUGAAAGUCAUAACUCCUAUGGAUCGGAAUUAUUUGAAGCCACUCUCCUCAAAGGGCUCUAUUUCGACGCUAUCCGCAGCGAGCUCCUCGGGCGUUUCGUCGGGCUCCUCCAGCCCCACCGGCACCACCACCAAACCGAAGCUGCGCCUGAAGACCUCCACGAAGACACGGUUUGUGGGCAGCGUCUCGUCCAGCUCGUGGAAUCCCUUCAGACGCACUCCAAGCUUGGCAAAAAUAUUCUGAGAUUUGAGUGGCAGCCCCCUUAGUUUAAGAAUUUUCUUCUACUUCCGAAGCAGUGGCCAUUUUUUCGAUUAAAAGAGCAAGCGCGUGCUCUUUUUUUUGUUUUGUUUUUUUUUUUCCUGAGUAUGUAUACAUAUGUGUAUAAAUAGGUUAUGCGAAUCAGAAGAAAUCCAAGAACCUACAAGUUGUAGCACCCAAAAUCAAUAACCUUUGUUCUAUUUUGAAUUUCAUUUAUUUUCUACGCAUAUGGAAAAUAAUUGUGAGAAUGUAAAUUAAAUGUGCAAAUAAUAUUCAAAAAUCGUAUAUAGACAGCGAUAUGAAUUAAUUUUUUUUAUCGUUAAUAAUUUAUUGAAUGUGGCAUGCUUUUUAUAUGGUAGUCUAUAUAAAAAAUUGUAUACCACAAGGGCGUAAUUGUAAUUGUAACUCAUUCUGAAUUCUUGACCGCUAUAUGUAGUGUGUUAAAUAUUCGGAUAUUAAAGUGUGUCCAUCUGUUGGUUCGCUUCUGUCAAUAUUUUUCGAGGAUCGAGUAAUGACUUGUUUUAGUUCAUAAACAUUAUUUUUUUUAUUAUGUUAAGUCACAAAUAUUUGAUAUGUGUAUUUUUAUAACAAGCCAUUAC